UCUUUAUAAACUCAGCGUUACACAGUAAUACACAGUAUCACUACAGUCCUAUUAGAAACGUAUAAAUAGGCUGGGAUUUAGGGCUGUAGGCUAACUAGAAGCAACGGGCCAAACUAACACAGCAGGUGUUUCCCGGGUCCUUCCGAGCAGGGUUUGUUCAUUCAUUUCUACCUGAGCAGGAUUAGUUCGGCUCUACCCGAACAGGGUUCGGCUCUUCCUCCCGAGCAGGGAGAGGAAGAUCUGUGGAAUCACUACACACCAUACAAGCAAGCAAAAUUGUCUGUGCGAUUCAAUUUCAUUCAAUUUCAUUUCACACGUGAGAAUGUAAGGAAUUAAGUGAAAGGCAAUCGUUGUAAACACACAGCACACAUGAUUAUUUGGCACUCAUAAAUAGGCAUGAUAUCAAAUAAGACAUGCUGAUACGUAAUAUAAAGAGAAUGGCAGGCUCUAGUUUAGUAAGAGUCAGUGUCACUUGUGACAUAUACACUACGUUCAACUACAGUGACGCAAAAAGGAGUCUCUGUCCUUUCCUAACAGAUCCAAAAGCAGACAUUACAGUCAAUAUUUAUGAGGACAUCAACAUCAUCUGUAUGAUUCCUGUAUCCGUCAGUCCUGACACCACCUGUAACCUGUAUGUUGGAGAGGAGAGUCAGCCAUCCUUCACAGCACCGAUCAAGAAGAGAAAAGCCACCUCAGCAUCCGGACAACAGUUCUGUCAAUUCACUCCAAAACAAAGUGAUCUGAUCAGUCGUCUACAGUCAGUGAGGCGUAAGGAGGUGAGCUGUGACUACAGAUUGAGCUCAGGACCAAACUCUCUCUCUCCACGCAGUGAUGGGCACAGCUUUACAGAUCUGGUGGGAGUUCACAUCAGCGAUCCAACAACUAUACAGACACCUUCUAUAGCAGUGAGUUUGACUCCAGGUCCUAGAUCUACUUUGCCUCCCAGCACGACAGUGAGUCCUACAGAAGUUUCAACUGUUACUUCUACUUUGACCCCAGACACCACAGCGAGACCAUCUACCAGUUUGACCUCUCCUCUGACCCCCAGCACAGCAGUGAAUCCUACAUCAGGAGGUCAUAGCUCCACAGAAAGCGUUCUGGUUUCGACUGUUACUUCUACUUUGACCCCUGACAUCACAGUGAGACCAACUAGUUUGACCUCUCCUUUGGCCCCCAGCACAGCAGUGAAUCCUACAUCAGGAGGUCAAAGCUCCACAGACAGCGUUGUGAAUUCAAACAGUCAAAAAAGAGUUUGGGCGGUGCAACUAUGGCAGACAGCAGUGUGUAUGGCUUCUGGAGUGGGCGUGUUCUGGAUGGGAUUGACAGUUGUCUAUCUCUGCAGGAGGACCAAGAAAACCAAUUCUCUGAGACCUACAGCCAGACAGGAUGAUCACAGACGAUGUGAUUUGGUGAUGGGAGCUAUGAGCAGUGCAGACAUGUUGGAUUUAAGGGAUGCUGGGAUCUAUUCUCUCAUCACCUCUGUACCGUCCACGUUUUUGCACUCAGGUCCUGUGCAGCAAUCUGCAAAUGAAGAUGCUGAUUCAGAGAAUGCAGGGGUCUACAGCCUGAUCACUUCUGUACCAUCCACAUCUGUACCAUUAGGUCCUUUUGAAGAAAAUGGAAAGUCAUCUGAAAACGACAAAUCUGAUACGUACCAUGUAUACAGCUCAAUCCCCGACAGACCAGCAACCUCAGCCCAGCCGGAUGGGUUUUACAGUCUUCUGCAGACACACUGAAACUACACCACUGGCUCUCUGUAUGUCUCACAGAAAUACUGUUUCUUUCAGGAUGUCCUUUAUUUAUCGCACAUCAUGUUACUGUAAAUAAGUAUC